AUGUCUCAAGAACCCGGGAGGAUCACCAAGUUCAUCCAGUCCACCUUUGGGUUCAGGAAAACAACCCUUACGGUAUUGGUGAUUAUUUCGUACAUUGUCACCAUCCUUCUGAAUUUAUACUUCGAUAAGGUCUCCCUCACUCCCCCAGAACCUGCUCCACGGAUACUAAGUACGGCGUGGCUUGAUCUGCAGACCAUCUCAACCAAUUUUCAUCCAUACACGUCUCACGCUAACGACGAUGUUCAUGACUACUUGCUUGAGAGAAUCUCCACUAUUUGCGCGAGAAAGAGCUACAUGGAGGUUGAUGACGACUAUGACAAACUAAAGUUCAUGGUGAACCAGCAGGACGUCUUUGACCCAGAGUCGCUUACAAACAGAAUCAUCUACUUUGAAAGCGGCAACAUAGUGGUGAAAAUCGAAGGCAAGAGCCCCGCUUUGCCCGGCGUUCUGGUGAGCUCCCAUUACGAUUCUGUUCCGACGGCCUAUGGUGCCACAGAUGACGGAAUGGGCGUGGCUUCCAUGUUGGGAAUUCUUGAACAUUACUCUUCAGAUGAGAGCGAGCAGCCUGAACGAACCAUCAUCUUCAAUUUUAACAACGACGAGGAGUUCGGGCUGUUGGGAGCAGAAGCGUUCAUGAAACACAAGUGGGCCAAACUCGUGAAAUAUUUUGUUAAUCUGGAGGGAACAGGAGCUGGAGGAAAGGCAAUUCUGUUCAGAAGUACUGAUGUUGGAGUACUCAGCUACUACUCCGCUGCAAGCAGGCCGUUUGCCAACUCUUUAUUUCAAGAGGGCUUCCAGAGCGGCCUCAUCAGGUCCCAGACAGACUACAAAGUUUACGUCGAAAACGGUCUCCGCGGUGUUGACAUUGCCUUUUACAAGCCAAGAUCUUUAUACCACACCCUACGGGACUCAAUUACAGGCACUUCUUUGGGCUCGCUAUGGCACAUGGAGAUCAAUGCCCUGAACCUCGUGGACGCUUUAGCCAACGAAAGCACACAAAUUAGUGACGAUACUUCCCAAGCGGUGUUUUUUGACAUUCUCGGCAAGUUUUUCUUCUACUGCUCUGUCAACAGUCUUUACGUUUUGGACAUUUUCAUUGUGAGCAUUGUGCCAAUCGUCACCAUCAUUUGUGUGCUCAUUGUUGCUAAAAGAGGAACCUGGUACGUUGAGUUUGGCAGGGGCUGGCUGAGAUACCCAAUCAGUUUGCUAGCAUCCUAUGCACUGACCGCAUUCGUGUCCAAAUACCUCUAUCUGAAUGAUCCUGUGCUGCUCUCAAACGAUUAUAUCUCUCCGCUAUUGGCCUUGUCAUCUUUAAAUCUGUUAUCCAACUACUUGAUUUUGAACUUCCUUGCUUGGCUGCGGCCCAUCCAUGACCAGAAACUGGUUUGUUUGCUUGAACUGAACUUUAUUUUGUGGAUUGGGGCAAUCUGGAUGACAAUGCAAGAAAAACAGGAGCACAAUGUCGCAGGCUACAUUAUAACAAUCGUUCACUCGCUGGUGUCGGUGUCGUCUAUUUUUGGCCUGAUCGGGCUGACUCUCAAAAGAAGAGCUCCUCGCUACAGAAGAACAAUGAAGCCAAGAAUCUACGGAUCAAAUGAGCAGGAGCGGCCUCAUUCGGAUAAUGAAAACAGCUCCCCAGCUGAGACAAUUCCGGACUCCAACGACUCGGAGAAUCAACCUCUGCUACCGCCGGAGAACUCAUCCAAUAACAACAACUCCACCAUCGUGGUCAUAGAGCACGAGUCGGAAGAAACCUAUAAGCAGAAACUAAAGCACGCAGCACUACAGUCGUUCUCCUAUGACUGGUCUAUCCAGUUCCUUAUUCUUGUGCCGUUGUCCACUUUUUUGAUCUACACAAAUGGCGAACUGGCUUUACAAGCCUUGAAUCAGACUGUGCAGGAGUCAUCAUACUUCGGCAGGGUCACAAUGCAAAUUCUUGUCGGCGUGGCCGUCAGUGUUGGCGUUCCAGUGACCCCAUUCAUCCACAAGCUCAACGGCGCGCUGGUACUGUUCCUUACUGCUGUGUUGCUGGUAUGCUCUAUGGUGUCAUACUUUGAAAGCCCUUACUCUUACGCCAACCCAUUGAAGCUACGCUUUUUGCAGACUAUUAAUGAGGCUUCGAAGGCGCCACUAGUCAACCUCUUCGGCCGGGCUGGCUACAUUGAGCCGAUGCUCCGGGAUCUUCCUUCGUUAAAGGAUAGUGGGACCGCUAUUAGCUGCACUAUCAACAACGAUAUGGGCACGGAGCGUUGUCAGUACGAGGGUCCUCGUCCUUACCUUCUGGACGGAACCAGUGCAGAUAACGAGUUUUCGCACUACCUGAGCGUUCAGGUUGUUAACAAUUCGAACAACGGUGACGUUGUGGACAACUACACCCCUGUGGAAGUGGAUUUCCUCAUCAACGUGCAAGACAACAGAAACUGCAUUUUGCGGUUCAACUCGUCCAACUACGACUCGCUCAAGUCUCCUCACUCAGAAAAGAUGGUUUCACCAGUGAAGCUGGUCACUCUGUAUGUUAACGGAUACGAGUCUGUGCCGUUGUCUUCUGUUCCUUCUGGCUAUUCGACCGACGAGGCCGGCAACCAUCGGUUCAAGACGAUGAAAGGUAUUGACGAAAUCCAGCUCCACAAGCUAAACUGGACGCAGCCAUACUACCACGUUGGUCUACAAUGGCUGCGCACUGCGUUCGAUGACGACGACAACAUCGACAAGAGCGCACAAUUGGGCAUGUCUGUGUCAUGCUAUUGGGGAGAGUACGACGAGGAGGUCCGUGUCGACGACCGCAAGGUCCGCAAGGUCAGGGCGCUGGACGAGCUGAUUCAGUACUCACCACGCCACAUGGUGUACAGCAAUCUGGAACGUGGGCUUGUGGAGAUUAAUUCGCAUGUAAUUCUUUAG